CUGUGGUAGUGGUAUGGUGGUGGUGGUGAUGGUGCCGAGCAAGCGGGAGGAGAAGGGCCGGAUAUUGCAAAUGAAUGACUCGGAUGAAGGGCAAGGCGCCGUCGUUCAGCGCAAGUAUGGGCAGAAACAGGACGCUAUGGUGUACGUGCCAAUUUGGGGUGAUUUUGAGGUUAUUCAGACAGAGUGCACCCCUGGCAGACGGCCUUGAGGCGAGUGGAAGUUGGGUCGGUAUGCAGGUGGCGCUAGCUGGCGCUGUGCAUUACAUACAGGCGGGGCGCGUUUUACGGAUUGGCAGAUUGCACGCGAUGACGGCGCCCACUGGGCAGCAAUUCCUUCAGCUGAGCCGGCAAGCAAGCAGGACUGCGGAGGAGUCGCGCAUGGAUUGCAUCUACGGGUAUGAGAGGGCGAGGGCGAGGGUCUGGCGUCGUCUAGAGGCAUAAAUAUUGUUUGUUAUGGACGGUGCAGGUGGUCGUCAGCGUCAACGGAGGUUGCAGGCGCCCGCAAGGUGUUUUUGGUGGGGUCGCUAAACCCCCCAGGCCCUGACCUCUCGUCCCUCAUCUCCCCUCUCCCCUCUUCCCUGCCGCGCCUGCUUCGCUUCCGAUCAGACCGCCGAACCAAUCGAUUGAGACCAGUGGCUGAAGCAUAUUCCCAAAAUCUUUGGUCCUCUACCGCUCUCAACACAAACCACUCAAAAGAUGGCUUCAAUCGCACGAUCUCUACGCCCCGCGGCCACCCGCCUGAUUGCCUCGUCCAGAGCAAACACACUAUUAUGGAGGCCCUCGUCCUUCGGCUCCCGCGCUUUUUCAGCUUCCCCAGCUGGUAAUUCGUCCUCGGGCACAUGCUUGGUGGUAUUGAUGCUGAUAACGCUCUAGUAUUCGCAAAGAAGUACACCAAGGACCACGAAUGGGUUGAGCUUUCCGAAGACAAGAAAACUGCCACCAUUGGCAUUUCAGACUACGCGGCACACGCUCUUGGUGAUGUUGUCUAUGUUGAGCUUCCAACGGCACCACUGGAGGUCGGAGUGGGGGAUUCCAUUGGAGCGGUCGAGUCAGUCAAGUCGGCUUCAGACAUCAACUCCCCAAUCACCUGCACGAUCACAUCUGUCAACAGUCUGCUCGAGGAAACGCCAGGUACCAUCAACAAAGGGCCAGAGGAUGAUUCCUCAGCUGGUGGAUGGGUUGCAAAAGUGGAGGUUGGUGAAGUAGGGAUCCAAGAUCUAGACAACCUUAUGGAUGCGGCGGCAUACAAAAAGUUUACAGAGGAAUAGUCUGGGGGGAUAUACAUUAGGAUGUGGUGCUUCAACAUGGCUGCAUUAUUUUGUUUGGGAGGCGUAUUCUGGU